AUGGAUUCAGCCACUGCGCUGUCAUCAUGUUCCGCUGUUACGUCGGAGCAGCACAGCUACGUCAGGAUGUUGCCCGUCGCCGGCGAAGUUCUCCUAUUCCGAUGCAAACAUGCAAGACAAAAGGACAGAGACUCUAGACUAGGGUCAGAGAUAACAUGCUGGAGGAUGUUUUUCGACAAGGAAACUGUCUGCUUCUCUAUGAGAGACGACAGAAUAUUCCCCAUGUUCAACAGCGCCAGAGAAGUUGACAUAGUUUGUUGUGCGUCUGCUCUAGAUGUGAGAAGGGGUCAAAAAGUGCCUUGCGUUUUGCUGAGGCUGUGCAAGAAAAGAGUAUCUGCUUUCACGUAUAUGCUUUAUUCCUUGGUUACCCCAGCCAAAGCAGAACUUCAUGUAGAAUUUGUCCUACCAUAUGAGAUGAGAGACAAUGUAACAAUAUUACAAGGACCCACAUUGGUAUGGAGUAAUGAAGACACAGUCUUCUACACAUCUCCUCUGUCUGGCGGAGUGAAUGAAAUUCCCAUUCACAUGAAUGUGCACUUCAUUGGAGAAUUACCCACUCCCAAAAGGAAAAUAAUCGCGCUGGGUUCCAGAACGUUCCCAGAGGAAGACGUGAAGAGCCAAUCAAAUGCAAUGAACGUAAAUAAAAACCUCAUAUACUUUAUAGAGGACGGGAACGCAUCUGACGGAACGUUCAUGGUGCCAGAUGCCUACAGCUGUGUCAUUCAGUGCGUUUGUGUGGUCGAAGCCAAAAGAAGGAAUGGCACGUUGAGUUCUGUUGUAGUGGCGGCGACAAACAGAAAACAGUUGGUAUGUUUUGUGAACGGACUACCGAGGGACGUCUGUCAACUCCCGUAUAACGAACCGCAGACAAUUCAGAUGGUUGACACGGGCUGCAGUGGUUGUCUGUUUGCCAUCACGUUUUCCCACGGAAAUGUCUGUGCGGUUUGGAAAGACACUUUUCAGGUCGCGUCCUGUUGGACCGGGGUGAGCCUGCUCCUUGUAGAUGACUUUAUGGGUUACGGUACCGACCAGAUGCUGCUCGUGUUCCAAGGCCAAGGUUGUCACGACAACCCUCUCAGCAGCUUCAUCAUCACUGACCUCUGUGGCACGACUCUCACCAGUGGACAACCGGACGGUGGACCACUAAGUAAAUCUGACGCAGCCCAAGAGAAUUACCUUCGCACUGUCCAAGUUUUGGAAACUAGACUGCAGAGCGGCUUGACCAUGCUGCACGACCUUGAGAGAGAGUGUGAGGUGAAGGACAGGGUGCUGCGACAGUCUCUCCGCGCUCUGACCGACCUGGUCUCCGGAACGCCGCACCUCGUCUCCAGCCCUGCACAGGAAGGCCUGGUUUCUCUCUGGGAUGAUGAAGAACAGGGCGAAGAUUUCUCGGGUGAAAAAAUGCAAACCGACCCUCCGGAGUCACCCGUCAAAGUGGAAAGAGUGUGGCAGAGAAUCCUCGGUGACCAUUUGGUCUUUGGUGUGAUGCUGUCUCCAAAGAGUACCACUUCGUUGGAGAACGUGAGUGUUUCCAUCCUGUCAGACAUUGGCUGUUCUCCAGCACCUGUAUCAGUACACACUGUCAGCAGAGCUCAGUCAGUAGACUCCUGUGUCUCCCAAACAGUGUCUCACAGCUCUGAGCCCCCCACCAAGGAAACAAGACCCCCUCCAGAUGACCUCUCACCACGCCUGGCAGUGACAGGGGUCACCGAUCUGACCCCCUUGCUGACCUCUGGCUCGGUCAGAUACCCUAUAAUGCUCCGCUACACCCAAGUACCAGAGCAGAGUGCACAUCUGUACCAGUGUGGCCAGGUCUCUCUGAGCAUUAAAGAUAUCACCCAGGGCAGGUUCACUCCCCAGCUGUUAAAGAACUGCCAACUCACCACAGAUGAAGCCAGAGAGGAUCUCUACAGCUUGCUGGCUGCCUGGGACUGCUGGUGUUUCCAGAUCAGCUGUCCAGAUCACACCUUGGUGGACGUGGGCAGCUGGCUGCAGCAUGGCGCGGGCUGCGAGAGGUUGGCAGUCAGCCCGCAGCACCUGCUGGUGAGCCCUGCGGGAGCGGGCACUGCCAUGCUUUUAAAGUGGCACCAGAGCUCUCCUUUCCAAGGUCUGCUAUGCAUCCACUGCAGUGGACAGUUGGGCUUGCUGCAGUUUCUGGAUGCUCUGUGUGACUUCCUGCCAGCAUCCCACCGUAUACAGCGGGUGAGGAGAAGAGAAGGAUCUGAAGGGUGUCUGGCAGAGUGCCUGCAGAAAGAACUACUCACCACGAUAGAAGGAGUAACCGCUCUCCUCCGCAACAGUGAGAAAGAGGAGAUGGAGAGCGACGGAGGAGCAGAGCGAGGCGAGGGAGCGGAGCCGCUACAGAGACGAAGAGAAGAAUGGCAGAGAGACAGAGAGAGGUGUAAGAGGAGGUGGAGCCCCCUGGUGGAUGGGCAGGACUAUCGCAGACUGACUCUGGAACUCCUGAAGGCCCAGCAGAAAACCGAUCUGGCUGCUCUCUCGGAAGCCGGGGAUGGUUUCGCUCCUCUGUGA